AUGUUUUACCAACGGUUGUUACCAGCAUGUCCAACUCCCUCACAAGUUUGGAAAAUUUCGGAAGAAUUGAUACCUGAGUUAGCAGACCUUUCUUUUAAUAAUCCUGGAACUGUAGAUCUGUUGAUUGGCGGAGGAGUCUUUUUCGACGUAACUUCAACUACUACAGUCCGAAGACCACUAAACGUCAAAAAUAUAUUUUUGAACGACAGUUAUUUUGGAUGGUUAGUUACUGGUGAGCUAGGAACGGUAUGCUUAACAGAAAUUCGGACAGUAGGUGAAACGCUAGAAGAGAAUUGGAGAACGAUAACUGACAGUGAGAAGUCAUGUUUUGGACGCUUAUCCAAGGCAAAUAAACGCUCCCAAGAAGAAGAAGAAACAAUUCAACAUUUUCGGAGUACAUUUCGGCGUGACCAGGAAGGACGAUUUGUCUUACGGUUACCAAUCAAGAAAGAAUACAAAUACUUGGAAAGAAGUCUAGAAAUGGCAACCUCAAAAUUCAUCAACAUCGAAAGAAGACUGCAGUGUGAUGAGCAUUUGCGAAAGGAGUAUACCAAAUUCAUGACUGAGUAUAUAGACAUGGACCAUAUUCACGAAAUAAUCCCAAAAGAUGAAAGUCAGAACAUGCUUGUUAUUUGCCACAUCACCCAGUUAUAA